AUGUCGGAGCCUAGCCGGGGCAGCGUCGAACCAAGCAGUGUUGAGCGCAGUGUCGAGCGGAGUCAGUCUCCUGCCGCCGGCAACAGGCGCGACCGGAUCAGCAGCCGGGACCGAGACGAAUCUCAUGACCAGGACGACGACCACCAUGACGGCAAUGGCUCUCGCCCGCCCCCGAGAAAGAGGCAGCGUGUCCGUCUCUCGUGUCUAGAGUGCCGCAGGAGGAAACUCUCGUGUGACCGGGAGUUCCCUUGCUCUCGUUGUAUGCAGUCCGGCACUCCGGAGCGUUGCGAGUACGAGACCCGGCCCGGUCUGGCACCACCAAACAAGCUCGGCCUGUCUCAUUCGGCCCUGGCCGGCUUCGACUCCAGGCUGUCGCUGCCCAAUGGCGGCAGCGGCGACUCGUCUUACUACCGCAAGGAUGCCCGCGAGUCGGAGAGGAUCCGUCGUCUCGAGUUGGAAAUUGCCCAGCUAAAGAACAUCGUACUCAAGCAGCACGCCUCGCUUGAUGGUAGCACUGUUACAGACAACUCACCUCCUAUGCAGAAGCUUCACACCGCCUCUGGAGAGGACCAAGAAAUCGGGGCGCAGUAUGGAUAUAACCAGUUUUCCGAUGCUGUGAACGAUGAGUCCAAGGAGGAGCUGCGAUUUCUCCGUGGCAAGGAGUUCAAGACGCGGUAUUUCGGCCCACACAGCGCAUCCCGUGCUUUCUCAGAGGUAUGUAUUGGAGUCGUCACCCUUGCCGGCCUUUGUCACUUUAUGAAGGAAACAUCUGAAGAGUUCUUCCGUCCGUUCACCAUUCCUAACACGAAGGACCGACAACAGCGUACAGAAGAGAGAGAGAUCAGGUUCCAUCAAGCGGAUGAGUCGCUCGAGUCUUUGCUGCCGUCCAAGGAGAGGACGGAUUCCCUUGUGACCAUCUACCUUGAUCAAUUCGAGCAGAUUCAUCGCAUUGUUCAUAUCCCCACCUUCCGUAGGGACUAUGAUAAGUUUUGGGACCCUGCUCAAACAAGAUCAGCCGCCUUCAGUGCUCUCAUCCUGGCCAUCUUGGGCGUUUCCAGCUGUCUCGGUUCACAUUUUCCCCAAGAGUUUGACAAGAUGAUCAGCCGCUCACAUGCUGAUGCACUCAGAUGGAUUGAUGCCGUUGAUGAGUGGCAGCAAAAGCAAAGUCAAAAACAUCGUCGUCUCAUCCACUAUCAGAUCGCAUGUUUGGUGUACCUCGCGAAACGCGUCAACACGGUGAAGAAAAAGCGAUUCUGGAAAGGAGCUGGCGCCAUGUCGAUGGAUGCCAUCUCGGUUGGUUUGCAUCUCGAGCCCAGCCAUAAUAUUAGCCCCUUCAACCAGGAACUGAGACGCAGGAUAUGGGCAACCAUCCAGAGCUUUGAUCUGCAAGCAUCAUUUGACAUGGGCCUACCCAGCAUUCUCGGCGCUUUGCACUUCAACGUCGAACCUCCCCGUAACAUUGACGAUGACGAGUUCGACGAAAACAGUAAAGAACUUCCUCCUUCCAAACCACCCACCGAGUAUACUUUUUCCUCCUACCAACAUCUCAGCCGGCAAAGCCUCGACCUUCGUCUUGACCUUAUCCGUGUCCUCAAUGGUCCAUGCGAGAAACUCGAUUACGACCAAAUAAUUCGCUACACCAACGAGAUCAAUCAAGAGAUCGACUCGUUACCCUCAUGGGACGUCACCGACGCCGAUGCUCCCACGGGCGUGUUGAAGAAACCUCUUCUCGCCUACACUCUCCUGCACAUCCAGCUUCGACAGUUCAUCAUCAAGCUCCAUCAUCCUUAUCUGAAGCUUCGCAAAGACAACUCGAAAUAUCAAUACUCCGAGAUAAUUUACUACAACGCUGCGCGCGACAUGGUCCUUCUCAACGACAAGCUCGCUCAGCAAGGCAUCCGCACCCUCAACUACCUCCGCGAAGACUGUCUUACGCUAGCCAUCAACCUCUGCAGCGUCACCAUGCUGCAGCCCCGCGGCUCCACCAACAUGAUCAUGAUCAACUCACAGCACACGCUGCAGCUUCUGGAGAAGUGCCUGGCAAUAAAGGAGGACCGUAUACUCCGAUGCGGCAACAACGAACCGUGGGGGUACUCGAUUAUGUGCGCAGCGGUUGGAUUGCUGGAGGCACACCUGGGGGUCAAAACAACAGAGCAAGCAAAGGCGACGAGCGCUGAGAGGUUUAUCAAACUGCACUGCAAACUCGUGCCGAUGACCUCUGGAGGAGCGGGUGGGUCGAACGACAGUCAGCCGAGCAGUAGUCAGGAACGUGGACAUCAGUGUGGUGCUGAGAAGCAGGAAGACGCAGAGAGGCCACCACAGCAGCCUGGACUGGCUGGGGAUAGGGAGUCUGCGACGCCUGUUAAUGGUCAGCCUGCUGAUGUCUCUGGUGUUGGGAAUAACAAAGUAGCGCCAAAUGGGCUAGCGACGCCUUCCAAUUCGCAGUUUCUAAAUGGGAUAGCGGCGGAUUAUAUGGCUCGGUUAAGACCCCCAACGCCCUUUCUUCACCCUGGAAACACACAACAGCAGCCACAACAAGCACCCAUGCCACCAGUCACGCUCGGCCCGGCGGUAGACAUCCCCGGCACACCGUGGAGUGUAGUUCCCGGUGUUGGUCUCACAGGUGCUGGAGGCGAAUGGUCUAACGCUGGUGGUUUUCAGUUUCCCAAUACCAUGAAUUCCGAAUUCGACAUGACCCAGUUAGGUGCUAGCAUGGGCGAACUUUGGCCGUCUGACUUGUGGGAUUUGAUUUAG